CAUACAUACCUAAAACCUAAAUGAUCUGUCCCAGCAAGAGAACCAUCCAAAAUUUUGAGAUCACCAACCUGUCUACAUAUAUAUAGCUAGCUGUAGCUUCGUUUCCCAAAGCCAUUUCCUCCACCAUGUCCUCAUACAUCGCGCCGUUCGAGCCCGGAGAGGCCGUGGCCCCGUGCUGCAGCACAACCACGCUGCUCAGCGCGUUGGCGGCAUCCGUCGCCUGCUGCUUCUUCCUCGUCGUCAUCUUCCUCUGCCUGCGCUUCCUCCACCUUCGCCGCACCAGGACGCGGCACCACGGCGCACAGCCCCUGCAAGGGCAGGGCCAGGCCCAGCAGCCCAAGCACGGCCUCGACGCCGCCACCAUCGCGCUCUUCCCGUCUUUCCCGUACCGGCGGGACCGCUCGGCGUCGGCGCCGGACGAGUGCGCCGUGUGCCUCAGGGUCGUCGACGAGGGGGAGACGGUGAGGCAGCUCCCGAGCUGCAAGCACCUGUUCCAUCAGGAGUGCGUCGACGUGUGGCUCCUGUCCAACGCGUCGUGCCCGGUCUGCCGUGGGAAGGUCGAGCGGGCCGCGGGCGCCGAUCAGCGCGAGAGAGCCGCGGCAUCAGCGGCCGUCGUGCCAAUCGAGAUGAUGGACGAUGAAACGCUGUCUCCAUCGCCGUCGACGUCGUUAGAGCCGUCCGCGCCGGAGCGGCCGGGCUGGUUUGGCGGGCGAGCCUCCGGCUCCCGCUCCGGCCAGGAAACGGACUUGGAGCGGCAAUAGCAGUCAUUUUCCAGGGAGUCCGGGACUCCUGUAUAUGAUCGCACGAUCUGUUGAAGUAGGUAGCAACAGGUUCGUCAUUCGUAUAUGCAGAGAGCUUGUUGGCAGCACACAUUUUAUUCGGUUGUUGUAAACGAUCAGUAUUGCGACCCUAACUUGCAUGGGCGCUUAUUCAUAGGCGAACGCUCGGCCGGUCGCGGCUCGCUAGCGACGACACAAAUGCGUGGGGCCACUCUAGCCACACAUUCCCGUGAGGCCGUGACCCAUCCCGCACUCCCUCCCAUCAGUUUUUUUAUUCCUUCACAUCCUUAUCCACUCCCUUCUAGCAUCUUCUUCCUCAUCACAUCUCAUCGGAUAAGUUCAUCCACCUCCCGACUUUGCCUGAGCUGUUGUGCUCUAGAUCCAUACGAGGCGUCCACGAGCUUGUUUUCGAGGGGGUCGGGCAGAGCUACAAGAGUGGGAGGCGGAGGGGAGCUGGUCUACAUCAAAGAUAUUGGGAGGCGGAGGGGCGGCAUGGCGACUAGCUGCACAGCAGGAUGCAAGCCGCGAUGGUGCUACUACAUGAUACAACCGGCAGGAUGGGGAGCUGCAACCCCUGGCUAGCGGAGCUGCAACCGAGGCGUGGUCGAACUGCAUCCAGUGACGGCCGCCAAACGGCUAGCUACAAAUGGCGGUUCCCAGAGCUGCAACCGCCCGUUGGUCGAGCUGCAUACCGCGACACACCCGACGGCGAGCUGCAACCGUGCAGUACAAGCUGAUGGACGAGACGGCGGCGACAAGCUGCAAUAGGUGAUCUGGAUUGCUGGAUCUGGUUUUGCUGGAACAAGUGUCUUUUUUGCUGGAACUAGUAAUCCUUUUUGCUACAAUCUUUUUCUUUUGUUUGCUACAAUCGAAUCAAUGGGAGUCACCCUGUUGUUAUUUUUGCUGGAACCAGCAUUUAUUUUUGCUGGAACUAGCAAUUUUUUGGCUACAAUCAACCACCCAAGUUCUCCUGCUGAGAUUGAUUUUGCUGGCACCGA